CAUCCUCCUUACUCCGUGGUCGACCUUACUUGAUUGCUAUAGAACCGGAUGGCAACCACAGGAUCUUAAUUCGCUAGUCACGCUCGUAGGAGGGAUCAUCCCAUCACCGUCGACCCACAUCGAGCAGAAGAAGCAUGAGUGAUAACGGCGAGGAUUCACCAUGGUCCUCGGAACAAGAGGAAUCGCUAUCAAGUAGCGAAGCCUCACCGUCAGAAUCCUCUUCCUCGUCAUCUUCUUCAUCUUCCGGAAGCGAGGAUGGGUUCUUUAUUGAUCCCCGCCAUGCCGCCAGCGCAGAUUCCGGCUGUCCGAUCGAGAUUGCGCCUGUGAACACUACCGUCUCGAGGAAGACCAAGACCCUGCAUAUCCAGCUUUUUGAGCUGUCAGAAGCCUUGUUCUAUAUCGAUCGACCUUACAUGUCGGGACGGUACUUUCCCGCAUCUGAAAAGACGGUCUGGCAGACGGCUGUCAAAGCCUUGAUCGCCUUGAAUCUGCCGCGAAAGGGUCAUGCGAUCGAGGAAAAUGGCAUCAAGAUGGCCGCUAAGAAAGCUAUGGCUUGGAACUAUCGUAGGCUGAUUGAUAUCAAGUCGCGAUUUCACAACGAUGCCAAAUAUCGUGAAAGACUUUCCGGAGCCGAAGCCAGAGCUCAUGUGCAGUUCUUUACGACGAUGGAUCGCUACACAAAGAGCGAUGGCUGGCGGGAUAUAUGCGCCUAUGAAGCGAGGUACCCCGUUCCCAAGAGCCUUUUAAGCCUUGGGUACGUUGAUAUCCAGCAAAGAGUCCUCAGGUUGCUACUGCACCAAGCUCUAGGUGGACCGCACUCCCAGGUCCUUGAUCUCAGCGAUUUGGUUCUUGCGAACGAGAUCCCAGAUCUUCUCAACGAGUUCCCAUGGUCUCGUUGCAUGCGCUGGUUCUCUGAUGUAUCCUCGAGGGGUGUCCUGAACACGAUUACAGAGGGUUCAGAGAGCACGGCGAUGUCCUUGUUUGACAAGCAACGUCUUGCCGUACAUUUUCUGGAUCUUACAGGGAAUGAAAUCGCUGGAGCGCCGAACGUGCUGUUCGGCACGUUCACCAACUUGAGAUGUAUCGCUGGCGACUUCAAUUUUGGUCCUGCACUUCAGGCCUGUGAAUUGUUGGACCACAGGCAUCUUGCUGCGGCACCUGAAGCUUGGUCGAGAGACCCGCCUGCUCCGAAGACAUACAAGGAUGCCAUUGCUCGCCAACGACUGCGGAGUUAUCCGUGGUAUCCGUUCGCGAGUCGCUAUCGAGUAAAGCUGCUUUCCGCUGUACGUCACGACGCACUGCUCGAUUCUGCAAUGCUUAUCAGGUUCCGGCGUCAUAACGCGUCUGGACCGGCCAGUUUGAUGGAAACUAUCAAACUUUCGAUCCUCACACAAAUCGACCCCGACUUUUUCUGGAGGAAUCAGGCCCUCCAGGUCGGUCAGAUUGUCGAUGCUCUCGGCGCCGAAAUUGUCGCGGAACCCUUGCGGAGAUCCGUGUUCACAAGCCUGAGCGACUUACAGAAGGCAACGGUCCUCGGAAGCGCUCCUGGACAUAUGCCUUCUCAUCUUUGGGAGGCAUUCUUAACUAGCUAUAUGUGUGGGUUAUGCUUCCGCUUGGUCUCGUCCGGCGGUCGCAGGGUCUACUUUAGCGUCAAGAAGCCAGCCCACUCAAACCUACCACGGAACGCGAGCAUCAUAAUCGUAGCCCAGGCUUGCUCGGAUUGUGUCGUUCGGCCCCUUCCAGAUCAGGCAUAGCGCCGGUUAGGCUGCAUAUUUUCCACGGCUCCGGUCUCGACCAGGAUCCAUCACCUUCAUCGUCAACUCUCUCCAUUCCCCUUUACCCCUCUUGCCUGAUCGUCGGCCCGGCUCUCGAAACACGCACGUCGCAACGCCCAUUCACGAUAUUACGACUACGAAUGAUCUUGCUUUAUCUGGUCGACCUUUACGAUCACUUGUGUAAUGAAGUGUAGUCUCGAUUCCUUAUGCCUUAUACCCAUGCCUUAUGCCCACGAUAGAUUGUUAGUUAUCAGCUGCCAGACCCUACGG